AUGGCGGGCUUUGGGCGGUCCAACUCACUAAGCAUCAAUACGGGUGGGGGUCUAUUUGGGAACAAUGCCUCUCAGGGACAGCAGACGACAACUCAACCCCAGAGCAGUGGAGGCCUUUUUGGUUCAACACAGCAGCCUCAACAGCCCCAGUCAGGAUCGCUGUUUGGCGCUCAGGCCCAACCCACGCAACCCCAGAGCGGAGGACUUUUCGGAGGCGCACUGGGGGGAAACACACAGAACCAGGCUCAGAAUACUACCCAGUCGGGAGGCCUACUUGGCGGCCAAGCAAAACCCUCGCUCUUCGGUUCAUCCACACAACAGACAACAACGACCCCGUCUUUGUUUGGCAACGCCAAUCCCCAGCAGAGUCAAGCAACACCCUCACUAUUUGGAUCCAUGCAACAGCCUCAGCCACAGCCACAGCAGCAAAAUACCCUGUUCGGCGGCAUGAACACCCAGAAUAGACCGGCUGCUCUUGGUGGUUCUACGCUAGGAGCAUCACAGUUGGGCGCGAGUGCGCAGCCUGUUCAGAUGACGCUGGACUCGAUCAGAGGAACAACGCGCUUCAACGACCUACACCCGGAACUACAGACGCUGAUCCAGCAGUUUGACGAAGGCAUACAACGGAAGAUCAGCUACUGCAAUCAGAUUCGCGAAACACUGCCCUCCACUGAGAAGGACAUUGCAACCAUCGCACCCGACGUUGCCUACAUCGGGAGUUUUCUUUCCACAGUCGAAGCAGGACUAGACAACGACUCGGCCAACAUCGCCCGUCUGAAGGGACUUGUCAAAAAGGACGCCGAAGACGCGACGCUCAGCUUCCGCGCCAUUGAGAACCAGCGACUACCGGCCCAAUUUCACUAUCGAAAUAGUGCAAAUCUCACAGCCUCGAGCGCAAAGACCCCGGCUACUACAGCUCUCGAUGAAGACGAUCCGACGAAGCCUGUGGACCUGAUGGGCUACUUCAACCGUCGAACCGACGAGCUAGGCAGCACGCUCGAUGUCUAUCAGCGCCAGAUCCGCGAGAUCGAAGCGCAUCUUCGGACUAUGGAGGCCGGCACCCUGGAGAAGGCUCAACAAUUAACAGGCAGCAGGAGUGGGCCACGCGACCAGCGACGCGAGCUGGUGGAGGCACUCAAAGCCAUCGAGGGCGCAAUCUUAGAUUCGGCAAAGAAGGUGGGACAGGUCAGGGACGAAGUGACGAAGCAGACGCUCGGGAAUGUUGGAGCGGCUCUACUCUGA